AUGGAACACCUACCCGAUGAACUAUGGGUUCUAAUCUUUCGUUAUUUACAUAGAAUCGAUAUCUUACAUUCAUUUAGUCAACUGAGCAGUCGUUUUCAACAAAUACUUCAAUCGUACUAUGAGAACAUGAAUUUAAUAAAUGUUUCGUAUCGUCACUACAAAAUACUUUGUGAACAGAUAUUACCUUUACAUGGUUCUCAAGUACGUUCACUAAUACUCCACAAUAGUCUACAACUGAAUAAAUUUAAAGAACAUAUCAAGCAACUACCGCAUCUACAGUAUUUGAAGUUGACGUCUGAUUAUGAUGAUGAGGAUAGUAUACAUGAAAUUGAAUAUUAUGUUGAUCGAUUACCACAAUAUUUAACUGAUCUUCAUAUCGAUGGAUGUUUCGUUCUGUCUUCAAUACUAAUGAAAGUACUUGGAGGCAAAGCUGAAGUACCAGAAUUUCCGAGCUUAACGAACCUGACCGUACUAGGUUCAUAUGCCUUUGAACAGCCGAUAUCUCAAUCAGAUUGGCAUUGUCUUUGCAUGCAUCGUAAUUUAAAGACGUUGAAAAUACAUCUGACAAUUUUAGAAGAUAUAUUUUGUAUCUUACCAAGUAUGCCAAAUUUGGAAGAACUAUACUUAUCGUCCCUUUUGAACGUUAUUGAAUUCGAAGAUGAGAAAAAAAUGAACGGUUUUAGAACGGUCGCAAGGUCGAUAUCAUCAAAAUUACUCAAAUUUCAUUUUGAAACUGGAAGACUACAUCAGGAACCAAAUGACAGCUGCCGGUAUGAGUUUUAUUAUGAAUUGCAAUUUCAACAGCUGAAAGACUUUAUGAAUCUGCUGUUCAGAAAUAGCAGCAAUCAAUUGCAAUCAUUGACAUUAAUUCUGAUUAGUAGUGAUCCACAGUUUACUAGUUUUAAUGAGUUACAAACAUGGAAAAACACCAUCUUCCCUCACCUUACGAAAUUCGAAUAUCGGAUUCGUACCGAUAACAGUCCAUCUCAAGAUCACUUUUUUAAUAUUGAAAACUUGUCAGAUAACACCUUCGAAAGUUAUACUGAUCCUAAACCGAUUCGUUUCUAUCAUCCUCCUUCGGAAACGCUUCAAUGGACUGUUACUAUUUUAACAAAACAAAAAUUAUACA